ACAUGGCCGACGAUGCGUCGAAGUUCGUUCUUCUCGCAUCCCCUAACUGGUAUUGUAGUACUGUGGCAGACUGUAGUUUGAACAGUGUUUAUGCGUUUGGUGCUAGAAAUUGCGUCUAUCUUUUGGACGUCAGCUCGGUGUCGCCUGUUUUUGAGGGUCAACUUGACGGCCAUGUGGAGCGUGUAACAAGUGUGUGUUUUUCCAAACACAAGCUUCACGCGAGUUUCCUUGCUAGCGGUUCGGAUGAUAAAACAGUGAAAAUUUGGGACGUAGGGUCAAAGCUUGCACUAAUGGAACAUAAGGCGCACAACGCUAAAGUGACGUGCCUUGCUUGGUCUCCUGUUGUUACAGAUCUUGUUAUCUCAGGUGAUGAAAAAGGUUCUAUCAUUGCAUGGAGGUAUACAGAAGAAAAUCUGUUUGAAGCUUGUCCAGUCCAAGAUCAUAUUUUUUCUGUAGCUCUUUCCUAUAUUUCACAAAGUGAAAUAGCUGUCGGGUACAAGAGUGGUCUGAUAGCUGUUUUGAAUGUUGAUACAAGCAGAAGGAGUUUUUCGUUAGUGCACAAACUGCAAGGACAUUCUAGUGAAAUUCACAGUCUAGCCUGGUGUCCAGCACCUAAGGAAGACAUUGACUUUGGUCCUAUACAAGACAAGGUUUCAGCUGCUGAAGGACACUUGAUAGUGUCAGGUUCAAGGGAUCAGACAGUCAGGUUAUGGAAUGCAGCACAAGGCAAAGUUCUGUCCAUUAAACAACUGCCUAAAAGAUCAUCACGAAAGGACAAACAUGAUUCUUAUGGCCCCAGAGACAGAUUGUGGGUCAGUGUUUGCUGGCCUGCUGCAUCACCAGGCCAUGUUAUUUCUAGCAGUCAUGGUGGCGAAAUUUUGUUGUGGGAUCUCAGCAAGAAUGAAGGAAGAGCUCAAUGCCAAACAUUUGGCGUGGGCCACUCAAGAAUUGUGUUUAAUAUCAGCUGUGACAUUUCUGGUACAAGAGUGCUGACUGCCUCCAUGGACAGACAGAUUGUUAUCUGGGAUCCUCAACAGCUACGAAGUUUACAAACCCUCCCUACCCUUGGUGGCUUUGCUUACUCGCUGGGCAUCUCCCCCCUGGAUCCUGGUACUGUUGGAAUAGGAGUAGGAGACAACAUGCUUCGAGUUUGGCAAACAACCUCAUCUGCUGGACCUUAUGAAGCUUUGACUGUUUGGCAAGGGAUCAAAUCUAAAGUGAUGGUGGUCAAAUGGCAUCCAAGCAAGGAAGGCUUGUUAGCAUUUGGAGCAGAUGAUGGACAAGUUGGGGUUUAUAAUAUAAUUUCAAAAAAGUUAGAUAGCUCUUCAACAUACCACAAGAAGACAGUGUAUUCUCUGUCUUGGGGCCCUCCCUGCCCCGCGGAAGGUGAUGGUGACACACUAAACCUGUACAGCUGUGCAGGAGACGGAAGUGUCCUUGAGCACAAAACAGGACAUUUUAUGGAUGAUGCAGUAGAUGUGAAUGCUUUAAUACUAAAAACAAAUAACCUCAAGCACAAGCCGUUUGGUAGAACGGAUGUUUCAUGGAAUCCAGAUGGUUCCGUGAUGGCUUUGGGAAAUGAAGAUGGUUCGAUUGAAUUGUAUGUUCCACCGGACUUGCAACAAGUUGGGAUGAUUAUCACGCACAAAAAGAGCAUCACUACUCUUAUGUGGCAUCAUGGUCACGGCGAACUAACUGCAGUAGUAAAUGGCAAAGGUAGUGUUAGUUGCAAGUAUUGGUUAGCGUCAGGAUCUAAUGAGUCUACCAUUCAUGUCCAUGACCUCAGCAAUAUGUUGGAUGAUUUGUCCAGUCCUACCGCCCACGCGGCUCCCAUCACCGAAUGUUUCCGUAAGCUGUCGGGUCAUUCGGGAAGAAUCACUGAUUUGAAUUGGAGUCCACAUCAGUCGGAACUACUUCUUUCUUCGUCGUAUGAUGGAACUGCUCAGGUUUGGGAUGCGGUUAAAGGAGAAGCUUUGUACAAUUUCCGUGGCCAUAGCAGCCGUGUGAUGUGUGUAGUGUGGAGUUAUCUGGAUCCUGAUUUGGUAUACAGUGGCGGAGAGGACGGCACUGUGCGACCUUGGAGACCUUCACUGCAGCAGCAUCGGCAGCCACCUGUCUCGGACAAGAAAACGAGCCAUUCAGCAAGUAAGUCCUCCAAAAGCAAGAAGAACAAGCAAAAAGGAAAAGGGAAAACUCCGUCAGACAACAAGGAAACAUGGCGACACCAGCCAACGUCCAAUCUUGAGCACACUAGCACUCAUGAAAAACAAGCUAGAGCAGACAGCUUCAGUGAUCAUUCUCAGGAACCGCAAAUUAUCUCACCCACCUCUACUUCAGAACCUAAAACUCGAGUAAACGAAAAGGAAGAAAAACCUAACGUUAGCUCCGAGAGUGAAGCAGCUGGGAAAGAGCCGGUGGUGAAAACAGAAGAAGCGCAAAAUAGUAAUGGCAGAACUGAGUCGAAAGAGGGAGUAGUGGCAGAAAAUGAGUCGUUGGACAUUUACAAUACAUGCUGUUCGGCCGAGGAGAAGAGGCCUGAUGUUGUUUUGAAACAAGAGAAAGUGAUUCCCUUAAGAUCUAAGGUUUCAUUAGAAACAACAUCAUCUUCCAAGAAAAAGAGGAAAGUCAAAUCAAUGUUUCCCCUCUCUGCUGUUGCGGACAGCAAAUCUAAAACAGUGACACGAGAGGAGUGCAUUGAACUAGCGAAGAUUAACUAUGGUCAGGAACAAGGUACACCCAGUUGUGGUAACUCGCCGUCGCAUGGAGUAGCCGGAUCAGAGGAGCUUGUGAACCUCGGGUUGUUUGCUGAUAGGCGCAGCGCAUACAGGAUGUUUACUACGGAAGGUGAACAUCACAAGGACGGCGGCAACCUUGAUUACCAGUUGCAGCUGGAGAUCUGGAAAGGAAAUCUUAGCGGAGCUUUGCAAAUGGCGAAUAACAAUAACCAGCUUAUUGACUGGCUUGUGGCUCUCAGUCCCCUAGGUGGGCGUGAAGUAUGGAUGGCUACAACGCGAGCGUUUGCUGACCAGCUAGAAUCGCAGGGUCAGUAUCAGCGUGCCGUUUUGUAUUACCUAGCGUGCCAUGACACGUACAAAGCUAUUGACGUAUUCAGGAAACAGCACAUGUAUAGGGAAGCUAUCGCAUUGGCCAAGGUGCGGCUUUCACCUUCAGACCCAGUCCUUUUUGACUUGUAUAGCACUUGGGCCAGGAAACUAGAAACAGACAAUGCCUUUGAACAAGCAGCUAAAUGUUACUUGGCGGUGCAUUCAUCAUCCGAUGCUGUAAGGGUGCUGUGUCGUCGUGGCGAUCAGCCUUCUUUGAGGACAGCGCUUCAGGUUGCCAUACUUUGUGGUGAGUUGGAUCUCGUCUCCUCUCUUGCCCCUCGGCUCAUACAUUCCUAUUUGCUGUCGUCCGACUGGCGUGGUUGUCAUGAUGUUCUGAAAGACUGUCCUGAAGUGAAGGCUCACAUGUUUAAUGUUUGUGUUCACGAGCUUUUGCUUGCGACCCUUGCUGAUGAGAAAACAAUCCACCUCGAUAACGCUUUGGAAGAUGGCACACGUACCCACAUAAGUUCUAUUCUAAGCAGUUGCACGAGUAUCAGUGGACCAUGGGGUAAAUAUACCGAUAUCCCUUGCAGCACGUCUUCAUGGAUAGCUAAUGACCAUCCCAGGAAGUGGUUUGUUGUGUGUGUUUUAGAAGCCUGGCAUCUUUCUGGUGCAUUAAAAUCUGGAUCAUUUGCUGUUCUUUGUGAGUCGAUCAAAACUUACUACGAAACUACCUCUACUGGGGCUGAUACCAUUCCUGAGAUGUUAGCCAAGAUCUCCCUAGAGAUCACUCUUGGGCUCUUAAAGGCAAUUACCGGAAAUCUUUACCUGGCAUGUCAGUACUGGUUGCAAGCGCUCUCUCAUUGCAACAAGAAUUGCCUGUUUGGCUUGCAACGGCAAUUGUGUUGCAUGUUGCUACCACAAGGGAGCGAAUCUUUAAACUACUUGCAGCAUUUGAGCCAAGACUUGGAUAUAAAUUCUUCUGAUGAGCCACAAAAGGUGGAAGACGUACAGGAACUGUUUCGGCAUUUCCUUGCGUACUACUACAAGGCUAUACUGAUUGAAAUCUGGUAUAGAUGCCCUGAUGUAUUGAGUAUUUUCACUUGCAAUGACAAUAUAACAGUCGAAAAUGGGGAAUGCACAAGCAAUGCCGAAAAUGGGUCUAAUGCCUCUAACGAAGCGCCACUAACUUUAGACUCUUCAAAGACAUUGUUACAGAAAUGUGCGUUAAAUAUGUUCGAGAACUCUUCGGUGAUUUCCGAAUAUAACCGAACUAAUAAGGACGAAUCAGUUACCGAAAGGGGCGUUUAUGGUACUAUCGGUGACGUCGUCGGCAGCGGAGCGUAUGAAUUAAAGGAACUGUUAUCAUCGACGAAACGUAAUCGAGCUCGGAAACAAGACAUGAUGACCACUUUAGAAAACUUGAAAACUUUUCUGCUAUCAGAACAACACAUGAAAAUAAACUGUUUGAGAGAGAUUCUCACUGACAUUCGAAAAGCGAUAUUACUGAAGAGAUCAAGACAGCUCAUGGAGGCGAUUUCUACUGACAGCAAAGUAAGCCAAAAGAAGAAGAAAAUUAAAACAUCAAGUGAUCAUCUUACUCAUUCCAGUCAACCGCAAGGCUUUUUGCCGAGCCGUGGUGAAGGGGAUCUAACAAGCGAGACAACCUGCAGGGGUAGUUCAGUUGACCCUGGAGAGUUUACACAGAUCACAUCAAAUGAAGAGUUUGGUUUUGGUGAUACUGUCUACUCAGAGUCACGGCCGGAGGAGACUGAGAAAGAGCCAAGAGGCGAUGGUCUUUCAGGAAGUGUGAGGGAUGAGGAAGCACACAGAGACGAAGAAAUGAGUACUGCACGUAAGGGGCUUGGAGCGAUUUCAGAGAGUGAGGCAACUGCUGGUAAACUCUCAACCUCAGAUGGAAAACUUCCAGUCGAUUUAAGAUACAUAACCAAUGAAACGACUUUAGCGUUUCUAAUAGAGGAGGAAAAGCGAGCCUUAAACGAGCUCGAGGAGCUUGAAUUUAAGGAUCUCUCAUUUCCCUCUCCACUGGAGUCGGCUUUGAUAAUGGGACACCUUUGCGCAUGUUCAGAUGGUCUUCCUAUUUAUGGCGUUGACCUUCGUGAACUGGGAAUUCGUGUUGUUCAAUGGGCUCAAAGAUUUGCACAGACUUGUACUGAUCUUAAGGCAAUUAGGCGGAUUGAUAGGAUGCACAACUCAAACAGCAAGAUUAUGUGAUAUUAUAAGGCCGAUGAAAAUAAAAAACUGAAGGAUGCUUCCGACCACUGGUGUAGGUGGCAGAUGAGAUACAAAUUGUGCACGUGUUAAACUGCUGACUAAGGCAAAAUAAGGAAAUUUAAACCUCUACGCUUCAGAAGAAAAUUGUGCCAAUGACUAAGGAGUAUUUAUUAUGCUUUAUGUUGCAUUUUGCUAAGCACAAGCUUUUCUAAGAGAAUUUCAGAUGUACAACAAAUACAAUCUGAAUUUUUCUAGCUGUUGUGUGAAUUGUAUGUGAUGAGAUUCAAGUCUGGUUUAUGACACUCGUCGGCAUGUUUUGACGAGAAGAAAGUACGUUAUGGUGAA